AUGUCUUUUCGAACUUUAAAUUCGUCAAUCGGUUGGAAUGGGAGUGAAGUGUGGGAAGUUAGUCCCUUGGACCUGGAUGUAUUCUACAAUCCCGAUGUUGUCAUCAUCGUUCUCUAUGUCGUGGUGCUGACUGCUUCCCUGUCUGCAAACACUCUGCUCAUCUUCAUAGUGAUCAAAUUCCAGUACAUGAGAAGCGUUACAAACAUAUUCCUCGUGAAUCUUUCGGUGGCUGAUCUCCUGGUGACACUGUUCUGUAUGCCGGUUCAGAUCGCUAAAUCUGUCACACUUUUGUGGUACUUUGGCGAAGUUAUGUGCAAAACUGUCAACUUUUUACAAGGAGUGGCAGUAGCAUCCAGUGUAUUUACUAUAACGGCCAUGUCAGUGGACCGGUACUUGGCAAUCACGCAGUCACUUCGUCAGCCUUGGAUGCCCUCAAGACGCGGAGCUUGUUCCCUUCUUGCAACACUGUGGUUUAUUUCCUUAGCCAUAUUUGCACCACUGCUGGCUGUGGCAGCUGUGGAAAGGGAAGAAGUUCCGAUUCUCGCAAGGAAUAAAAAUGGAUCGGUCUGGUUAGAAAGCAGCAUAGAGUUUUGUACAGAAAAGUGGCCAGAUUCCAUCAGAAAGGAGCUGUUUGGAACUUUCAGUUUUAUACUCGUAUAUGCUAUACCAGGAUGCAUUGUUGUCGUCUCAUAUUCGUUGAUGGGCCGACGUUUGUGUUCGGUGCUGCCACCGUUUGACCAGACAGAAGGAAGUGCGAACAGCCAGCAGCGUUUACGACUGGUUCGUGAGAGAAAACGCGUAGCGUGGAUACUGCUUCUGUUAGCAGUGCUGUUCGCUUUAUGCUGGCUACCUUAUAAUAUUUUGCAACUGCUGAUUGACGUUAAUGCUGUUCAAGUCGACUCUGUAGCUCUCGUGCUGCCGUAUACGCUACUACUAGGUCACACAAACUCAGCAAUCAACCCGAUAGUGUACUGUUUGAUGACUCGCAACUUCCGUCGCUCACUACGCAAGCUUCUCUGUCACGACCCCGGUAACAUACACUCUAGUACUCAUUUCAAUAUGCAAGGCUUACGACAAAAAUCCAACACGUCUAGUAUGAGAACGUACACGACUGUUACAUUUAGGAGCAGCAACAAUCAGAAUCGUCCACAAUCAACGCCCGUUCAAUACGGCAGGGUCAGUAGAAGCUCCCUGAAGGACCCCGCAUGGCACAGAGGAAAGGCUCAGUUUCUAUAG